AUAGCCCUUGGAAACCCUCGAAGCUCCAAAACCUCUUGCGUUCGCGGCGGCGUCGUUCUCCUUCCGAUCUUCUCUCCAUUCCUCCAAAUUAGGUUUGAUGGUUUCUGGGGUUUGAUUUUUGAAGCAUAUGCAUGAGUGGUGGCAGAGGUCAAUGCGCUCUAAUGGUGUGGAGAGGCAUUAGGAAUAAGUGUCUCUGCAAGGGCCUUCUAGAAGGUUUUCACCCUUCAAAUAAAGGUGGGACACGGUCAAUUGUCAAUUCACUGAAAAGGGUGACAGAUUUUUCUACUGCUGCUGCAUUCAAAGAAGUUGCUGGCGGAAGAGUCUUGAGUAACCUCUGCACUUUUAGGUAUUUUCAUGCUAGUCUGGAUCUUCUCGCGAGGUGGGAAGCAGCGCCUGGCUUAAGAGCACCCAAGAAAGUUGAAAAGAGUGCGGAAAGAAAAUAGGGGCCAAGCACCUGUUGAAGCACCUUAUGUACCUCCCAAGCAAAAUGUGACGGCAAAAUCCUCUCCAGAUAAAACAAUUGAUAUAUUUGAAGGGAUGACCAUCCUUGAGCUUGCUAAGCAGACAGGUGUUACCAUUGGUUCUCUGCAAGAGAUAGUUUUGAAUGUUGGUGAAAAGGUUGAUUCAGAGUUUGACCCCAUUAGCAUUGAUGUUGCUGAAUUGGUUGCAAUGGAAGUAGGGUUCAAUGUUAGAAGACUUCAUUCUGAUGAAGGUGCUCAGCUUAAAACACGGCCAGCUGUUGUGACAGUCAUGGGCCAUGUUGAUCAUGGUAAAACUUCCCUUUUAGAUGCACUACGCCAGACAUCUGUUGCUGCUAAGGAAGCUGGAGGAAUCACCCAGCAUCUUGGUGCAUUUGUUGUAGGCAUGUCAUCGGGGGCUUCUUUAACAUUCCUAGACACACCAGGGCAUGCAGCAUUCAGUGCCAUGCGAGCAAGAGGUGCUGCUGUUACUGAUAUUGUUGUUCUAGUGGUAGCAGCAGAUGAUGGUGUGAUGCCACAAACUCUGGAAGCUAUGAAUCAUGCUAAGGUAGCAAAUGUUCCAAUUGUGGUUGCUAUUAACAAAUGUGAUAAGCCAGGUGCUGAUCCUGAGAGGGUUCGGAUUCAGCUUGGCUCAGAAGGACUAUUGUUGGAGGAUUUGGGUGGUGAUGUCCAGGUUGUCGAAGUGUCUGCAAUAAAGAAAUCUGGAUUAGACAGGUUGGAAGAGGCUUUACUUCUUCAGGCUGAAAUGAUGGAUCUAAAGGCCAGAGUUGAUGGGACUGCUCAAGCCUAUGUAGUUGAAGCAAGGCUUGACAGGGGCCGUGGGCCUUUGGCCACAGCAAUUGUCAAAUCUGGAACGUUGCUAUCUGGACAGCACAUUGUUGUUGGAGCUGAAUGGGGAAGAAUAAGGGCCAUUAGAAAUAUGGUGGGUAAGGUUAUUGAAUCAGCAGGACCUGCAAUACCUGUUGAGAUUGAAGGACUAAAAGGUCUUCCUAUGGCUGGGGAUGAUGUUGUGGUUGUGGAUUCAGAGGAAAGGGCAAGGAUGCUCAGUAAUGGUAGGAAGAAGAAAUUGGAGAAAGAUAGACUUCAUAAAGCCAGUGAAGAGAGAGCAGAAAGUCCAGAUACUUCAGAAGAGGAAUUUGAAAGGGUAGAAUUGCCUAUUAUUGUUCAAGCUGAUGUACAAGGUACUGUUCAAGCAGUAACAGAUGCAUUGAGGAGUUUAAAUAGCUCACAGGUACAUGUAAAUAUCGUUCAUGUUGGUGUUGGUCCCAUUUCUCAAUCUGAUGUGGAUUUAGCCCAAGCUUGUGGUGCCUGCAUAGUUGGCUUCAAUAUACGCAGUCCACCUAGCACCAUUACAUUGGCAGCGAACAAAGCCAACAUAAAGAUAUGCCAGCACCGUGUUAUUUAUCAUCUUUUGGAAGAAAUGGGCAACCUGAUUGUGGACCGGGCACCAGGAACAUACGAGACUCAGGUUGCUGGAGAGGGUGAAAUUCUCGACAUCUUUGAGCUCAAAGGACGGAGCAAAUCAAAGGGUCCAGAUGUGAAAAUUGCUGGUUGCAAGGUUCUGGAUGGCCGUUUUACUAAAUCCUCAACGAUGAGAUUGCUUAGAAGCGGUGAGGUUGUUUUUGAGGGCUCUUGUGUCUCACUGAAGAGGGCAAAACAGGAUGUCGAGGCUGUUGGGAAGGGUAAUGAUUGCGGACUAGUUAUUGAGCAUUGUGAUGACUUCCAAAUUGGAGAUGUUAUCCAGUGUUUGGAGCAGGUGAAGAGGAAGCCGAAAUUUGUGUCAUCGGAGAGCGGUGCCGUAAGGAUUGUGUGUUAAAAGGUUGAUGUCUCCACAUAAACUCUGCAACCAUUUUUUGGGAGAUGAUUUUUGACCUUCUUGAUUAUAGUAUUUUAUACAUCAAUAUAUGUAUUUUUAUACAUCAAUUGGAGAUGUUAUCCAGUGAAGGGAAAGUAGAUCCCUUUAUUCAUUUUGUAAGAUUAUUAUCAUGUACAUCUCAUUGUAUUAGGGAAAUGUCAUGUCACACAACUUUAAAUAGCCUCGAAGGAUACAUUGUGUUAGUUGCAGUGAAGUAUCUUUUUAAGGUUUUGAUAUGCGUAGUCGUUGUUUUUGUUCA